AUGUCCGCCCCCGCCCCCGCCCCCGCCCCCGCGCCCCGCGCACGAGGGCAGGGCACCCGCAAACGAGCGGCCGCAGCCGACGACGCUGCGUACCACGCUGCCGUCGGGACAAAACGCGCGGCCGCAGACCGCGCAGACGGAGACCGCGAGCGCAUCAAGCGCAAACGAACUGACGCGGCCGGCGCCGCGUCGGCUGCCCUCGCUGCCGGCAACAAUGCAGCAGACAAGGAGGAGAAGGACUCCCUAGUAGAUUUUACGACACUGCCAGUGGACGCACUGCACCGGUACCUUGCGUGCUUUGACUUGAUCCCGGAACUGGACCCGUCGCCGCUGAGCGCGGAGGAUCCAGGACCGCCGUCGUCGCUGCUCCGACCGAAAAGCCAGCUGGCGCCGCACGGGCACGCGCUGCGCCGGACGUCGACGGCGAGCCCGGGGCCGGGCGGCCCAGGGACGACAGGAAGUCGGGGGCGUCGAGAUCGGCGACGGAGUUCUCGGCUGGUGGAAGAAGAACGGAUACGGGCGCCAGCUCCUGUGUACGGGGACGUGGGGGAGGUGAACGGGGUGCUGGCCGGGAUUGCGGAGCGGCACUUCCGGGAGGUGGAGGUGAGGGAGGUGGACACGGUGGCGGCGUUCAUGUGCGCGGUGAAGGCGAAGGGGAUGUUCAGGGAGGUCUGA